CAACACAGGAAGCGGAUGUGACGCCUAUCCACUAGUUACGCCCAGUAAGGCGAGUUUGUGGCGGCCGGGCGAGAAAUAAAUCGGCUGGUCUCUCCCGAAGCGAUUGCGACCCCUCCUCCACCUUGGAAAGAGGCAACUUUCCAGGGACAGUGGCGAAAAAUGCAAACCAUCAAGUGUGUAGUCGUAGGUGACGGUGCUGUUGGUAAAACAUGUUUGCUGAUUUCGUACACCACAAACAAGUUUCCAUCAGAAUACGUCCCCACGGUAUUUGACAAUUAUGCGGUGACUGUAAUGAUUGGUGGUGAGCCUUACACCCUCGGACUGUUUGACACAGCUGGCCAAGAGGAUUAUGACCGGCUACGGCCGCUCAGCUACCCGCAAACAGAUGUGUUUCUGGUCUGCUUCUCCGUUGUCUCGCCAUCCUCCUUUGAGAACGUCCGAGAAAAGUGGGUACCCGAGAUCACCCACCACUGCCAGAAGACUCCUUUUCUCUUGGUGGGCACUCAGAUAGACCUUCGAGAUGAUGCUGCUACCCUGGAGAAGCUUGCCAAAAACAAGCAGAAGCCCAUCUCGAAUGAACAGGGCGAGAAGCUUGCCAAGGAGCUGAAGGCCGUCAAGUACGUCGAGUGCUCAGCCCUCACACAGAAAGGACUGAAGAAUGUCUUUGACGAAGCCAUACUGGCAGCUCUCGAGCCUCCAGAGCCGAAGCCCAAGCGGAGGUGCGCCCUCCUAUAGGUGAAGCCGCACCAGAGGAGAGCAAAGUUCGCCACGAGUGAGAGGGCCACCAAUCAGGAGAGAGACCACCCAUCCCGCCCUUUCGCUCAACGUGGAAGUCUGAGAAGCGGCCCAUGCGCCGUCUGCGGAGUCCAUUGGAGGAGUAGCGGGCUAGGGGAGCAUGUGGCUCACAUUCGUUUCUGGCUGUCUCUAAGGCAGUGCGUACUUCUCCGGGCGAGAAGUUUGUGGUCGCUGCAUUGUUUGUUAUCCAAGUACUGCAGUAUUCAGCUGGAUGUUGCUAGCUUUUUUUUUAGAAUUACUUUAGGGGGAAGGAAGGGAGGCGCGAAUGUGUAAAUUCAGUUGUUUUCAUUCUGUGCAAUGAAGUGUCAAAUGUAAAGCCGAGCAACAUGCCCACAUUCUCUUGUGGAAGGCCUAGAUACAAGAACAUUCUAUAUAAAUAGCGUGCUUGUUCUUUUCUACCGCAUUUCCCUUAAAACAUUGAGUUUGCCUAGAAAUUUGCUUUGCACACGAGAAAGGUGUAUGCGUUGUAUGGAGAGCCUUUAUUAUGUUUAUGGUAAGAUGCAUUGCUAUUUAUUCACUGUUGUGUGCAAAUCGAAACUUGCAUCUUUUGUUUAUCUGCCCCCAAUGUUUUUUUUUUAUUGCUCCUACUGUGAAAAAAGGAAAAUACUUAAGUGAGCUUCCUAACAGCGAUGAUGCACUUCUUAACAGAUUAACAUUUAGUGAUCUUCCAUGGUAACAAUUUAAAGCCCGCAUUUUGGUAUACUGUAAGCAAAAAAUUUUAUAAUAAACAUUUUCAGCCAUGA